AUGACAAGCCCUGACGUCGCAAGGGGCAAAUUCUACGAGGACCUACACGCCCUCCUGGUGUCUGUGCCGAAGGCGGAUAAGUUUAUUGUCCUCGGUCACUUCAACGCCCGCGUCGGCACAGAUUAGGAUGUCUGGAGAGGAGUGCUGAUUCCCGAUGGUUUCGACGGCACCAAUGACAAUGGCCUGCUCCUCCUCCGAACCUGCGCAGAACACCGGCUCAUUCUGACGAACACCUUCUUCCGCCUCCCGAUGCCAGAGCUGGUCACAUGGAUGCAUCCCCGAUCGCGUCAGUGCCACCUUUUGAACUAUGUCCUCAUCUGGGGGUGAGACUAGCCGGACGCGCUGUUGACAAAGGCGAUCCCGUGUGACGACUGGUGGACCGAUCCUCGUCUGGACAUUUCGCGGAUGCGGAUUCGCCUACAGUCUCGCAGGAGACCUCAAGGUAAGCGACUCCAGGUAAUCUGAAUAUUGCUUUGUUGUCUUUGCCUGCCCACCAUCCUAUUUCAGCAGCGAGAUAGCUCAACGGCUAGACAACCUACCAGUCGCUGAUGCCGCCGCCGCCGCUGAGGAGAACGCCACCGUGGAGAACCUAUGGUGUCGACUACGAGAUACAGUCCAGGCCACAGCCCUGGCCAUCCUCGGUCACGCACAACGUCCGCACCAGGAUUGCGACCCCUGCUGA